AUGAGCCGACUAGGCGACUCUAAUAGCUUUGCAUCGGACAGCUACUAUUUUUCACCGCACCACUACGUAAUAAAAGCCGAAAGCUCUUCCACAAAAUUGCGCGUCGUUUUUGACGCCUCAGCAAAAACCACUUCUAACGUGUCACUCAAUGACGUGCUAAUGACCGGACCCACUGUCCAAGCUGAUCUGUUCUCUGUAAUUACGCGUUUUCGAACAUAUCGCUAUGUCUUUACAUCAGAUAUUAGUAAAAUGUAUAGACAAAUACUACUGGACCCUACCGACUGUCAGUACCAACUAAUCCUCUGGAGGGAAAAUUCUCUAGAUCAGCUUGAAAUUUAUCAGUUAAAAACUGUUACGUAUGGCACAUCUGCUGCGCCGUAUUUGGCCACGCGUUGCUUAACGAAACUAGCUGAAGAUAGUUGUCGGAAAUAUCCGUCAGCGUCCACAGCGUUAUUAUUAGAAACUUACGUCGACGAUAUAAUGACAGGCGCUAAUACUUUAGAGCAAGCCGCAACUCUUUUGGCAGAUCUUCAACGGCUGCUUAGCACAGCACAAUUUGAAUUACGUAAAUACUGCUCUAACAAUCCUGAGCUGUUACAAUUAAUCCCAGAACAGCACAAAGAACCAUUCUUAAGAAUUGGAGAUAAUGAUGUGGUGAAAAUGUUAGGUUUGAUUUGGCAUCCCACUGCCGGCACAUUCGCCUAUCAUUUUGACUUUAAACGAACGAACAUAACUACCAAGAGAACAGUGCUUUCGGAUCUUGGAAAAAUAUUUGAUCCCCUCGGCUUAAUUGGACCUGUCGUAGUUCUAGGAAAAAUUUUUAUGCAGCAGUUGUGGAAGCUUAAUAUUUCCUGGGAUCAACCGCUACCCGAAGACUACGAAAAACGAUGGAAAAAUUAUGUCCAGCAACUGGAAAACCUAAACUCGUUACAACAUCCCAGACAUUUAUUGUCAUCAGCGGUAAGCAAAUCGGUACAGCUCCAUUCCUUUUCUGAUAGAAGCGAAGCUGCCUAUGGCGCUUGCUGUUACUUGCGGAGCAUCGAUAUAAACAACAAGGUCACGGUGCAGCUAAUAUGCUCCAAAUCGCGAGUAGCGCCUUCCAAGUCAACAUCAAUUGCCAAAUUAGAGCUUCAAGCAGCUUUACUUAUGACGGAACUGGUUGAACGUCUGCAAGACAUUAUUCCCAUGCCUAUAGAAGAUACAAUUUUCUACACCGACUCUAAAAUCGUGUUGGCUUGGAUAGCAAAGCCUUCAUACACAUGGACGACAUUCGUCGCAAACAGAGUGGCGAAAAUUCAAGAACUUACGCGCAAGGAAGAAUGGAGCUACGUCAGCAGCAAGCAAAAUCCUGCAGACAUCAUCUCACGCGGCGCUCUAUCAGAAGAAUUCAUUAACUCAUCGCUGUUGACUAGCGGUCCAGAAUUUCUACACUCAGCAGCACUGAUUCGGCCCAGGCAACCACAAUCAGAUCAGUUAGACGAGGUUCCUGAACGUCGACCAAAUAAGCUUGCGCUUUUUUCGGCGAACCCAGCACACAGUGACUUGACAACCAAUAUAAGUCAUCGUGAAUCGCUGCAUCGGCUAGAACGCAUUGUCGCUUAUGGCCUACGGUUUGUGAAUAACGCGAAGGCCUCCACACAAACGGAUUGGAGGGCCGCUAACCAUGCUCGAGCUCGAAGCAGCACUUACAGCCAUAAUUCGAAAUACUCAGCGCAGUUAUCUUGCAGCAGAGCACAGUUCAUUAUCUAA